CGAUCACCCGUUUGGGAACGUAAACAUGGCUCUGGAUUUCUCUGCGACUUACAAAUUAUUGGUGCUAGGCGAUUCUAAUGUGGGCAAAACGUGUAUAGUGCACAGAUACUGCGAUGAAAGGUACUACGACGUGUACAUAUCGACCAUUGGCAUAGACUUUAAGCAGAAGAUCAUAAACCUGGACGGGGUGCCGAUAAAGCUACAGAUAUGGGACACAGCCGGACAGGAGCGGUUCCGGACUCUUACCACGGCGUACUACAGAGGAGCUAUGGGCAUCAUACUCAUGUAUGACAUCACCAACCUAGAGUCUUUCAAUCAUCUUUCGUACUGGCUACGUAAUAUACAGGAAUAUGCAUCCCCGGACGUUAUAAAAGUGUUGGUGGGCAACAAAUGCGAUGUUCACGAGAACCAGCGUGCCGUGCCCAAGGAGAGAGGACAAAAGAUUGCAGACGACUUUGAUAUGCCGUUUUUCGAAGUAUCCUGCAAAAGUAAUAUAAAUAUAGAAGAAGCGUUUAUCACAUUAGCAAGAAAAAUAAGAGAGUACAGAGAAACUAAGGCGGACGCUUUCGAACUGAAAGAACGGGACAACGUGAUAAAACCAUCGGAGUCGGAAACGGACGUGUCAAAAUGUAGCUGUUAGUCUGGAUUCUAGACCUAGUCGCAAUAACAACAGACAUCGUAAGGCUGGCUUUAUAUUAUGCGGCGGGCGGCGGCACGAACGCGCGGUCUGGCCGCUAGUCGCAACACCGCGAGAUUAAAAAACAAUUUAUGUACUUAUU